AUGUCGUCUACAUCUGGCCAAACAGUGCACCCCGUCGCCAUCAUUGGCGGGGGCCCAGUCGGUCUCAGCGCGAGCAUUCUACUCUCGCUCCGCAAGAUCCCGCACAUCCUGCUCGAGCGACACACAGGGACGUCCAUUCAUCCCAAGGCUUGCGGCAUCAACCAACGAACCACCGAAAUCUUUCGCGUCAUGGGAAUAUAUGACGAAAUACGAGCGGCUGCGUGUCCUGACGAUGUAAAGACUCGCACGGCUUGGUAUACAAGCCUGGGAGGCAGAGACGCCAACUCGGUGGACGGUCGCGAAAUCUGGAGCCGGAAUGCUUGGGGCGGUGGGCCUGAUGCCGAGGAGUAUGAGAGGCACAGUCCUGCAAGGUACGAAGUACUGCCACAAAUACGACUGGAGCCGCUGCUCGUCAAGAGGGCUAAGGAGCUCAGUCCCGAGAGCCUGGAAUUCGGUUCCGAGGUUACAGACCUGGAAGAGCGGGGUAGCUGUGUGGUGUUGAAGGUCCUGAACAGGGAGACAGGUGUCACGAGGGAGGUGUUUGCGUGCCUUGUGAUUGCGGCCGAUGGAGGGCGUGGCAUCACAGACAAGUUGGGGAUUAAGUGGACAGGAGAACGCGAUAUCCUCGAGAUGGCAUCGGUGCACUUCCGCGCUCGAAUCCGUGAGCGGCAUCCGGACCCGAGGAACUUCAUCACCUGGUUCUCGCACCCUGAUGCUGGAGGCAGCAUUCGUACUGGGUAUUUGUACCAGAUUGGCCCGUGGCCGUUUGAUAGCCCGGAAGCGAAAGCGAGCGAGGAAUGGGUCUUCGCUUGUGCUCGGACCGCCAAUGACCCCGUGAGCUUCAAGCGUGACGACAUGCUCAAGCGCCUAGAGGAUACCUUGAAGCUCGGCGAGCUUCCCAUGGAGAUCAUAAGCCUCAGUCAUUGGAAUGUCCAGGCAGUGUCGGCAGAAAAGUACAGGCAGGGGCGGGUCUUCCUGGCUGGUGACGCCGCACACAGAAUCCCCCCCUGGGGUGCGCUGGGUAUGAACACCGGCAUCCAAGAUGUGCAAAACCUUGUCUGGAAGCUCAGCAUGGCGUUGAACGAUGAGGAUAAAUAUGACCACCUACUCGCAACCUACGAUACCGAGAGACGACCGCUGGGACAAAGGGUGGGACAGUCCAGCUUGCACAACCUACGAAGCCAUGCCCUGGUCAUGGAUGCAGCCCUUGGUAUGAGGCCGGAACAGUCCUCGGUCGAGAACCGCGCGGCCAUAAUGGCAUACUUUGACCAGUCACAUCCAGAACAUGCGGCCAGGCGAUUGGCAGUCGAGCAGGCGUCCAAAGUGCUUGAUCUUGAAUUCAAGGCUCCUGGGCUGGAGCUUGGCUGGUUUUACCCAGGAUUAGGUGGCGCAACCGAAGCAGACCACGCACCACAUUUGCUGGAAGACGGCAGCCUUCUGUCCGAAGUUGUAUUGCCGUCUACGGUGCCUGGACAUAAUGUUCCCCACGUCUGGGUUCAUAAACAUGGCCAGAAACUACCCAUCCGAGAUCUCAUUCCGCUGGACAAAUUGUUGUUACUGGCUGAUGAUCAGCCUGGCUGGCGUCUGCUCGAGACCGAAUUGGUGGAUAUCCAACAACUUACAAUGUCUGAUGCCGGAAAUACCUGGUCAGAGCCUACACGUGAAUGGGAGAGAUUAUUGGACGGCAACGAUGCGGUUCUCUUGAGACCAGACGGCAUCAUCGCCUGGCGUGGAUCAUGGCAUGACUCUUUGCCCAAGCAAUGGCCCGGGAUUCUAGACCAAGCUUUAUGCAUCAGCAGCUAA